GUUCAACUUUGCUAUUUGCCCGUAUUUGCCCUUCCACUGAAAGCGCAAGACGCGGGAACAGAGCACAACAACCAGAUGACUGCAGCUGGCGCGAUGUUGGUGCUGUGAUCUAAAAACUUCAAUUAAAUAAUAAAUUAUGUAGCAAUACAUUUUAUGAGUGGAAAACUUAGGGAACUUCUCAAAAUGGAACUUCUUCGCAAUUUGGAGAGAAGAUCGUCUGGUCGAGGCUUUGUAAAGAAUCGAGACUUCUGCAUUCCUCGACUAGUGAAUUACAAGAAUGACAUCCGGAAAAGGCAGCCGCCUGAUUUGGACAUUGAAGAUGCGGACAGUGAGUGCCUCGUCGGCAGGUUUUGUCCGUACGACCGAUUGGGCGGUCUGUAUGCCAUUGCAGACGAGCUAGGCUACAUCUACUUUGACUUUGUUGACAAGAAGCACAUGCCUGAAUUUGAUGCAAUGAACGAAGGCAUUCGGAUGCAUGAUAAUGCCAUUUUUGAUGUGGCCUGGAUGAAGUCGCGUAGUGGAGUCUUGUGCAUCGCAACAGCUUCCGGAGACAAGACGGUAAAAGUUACUCAUUUUGACGAUCCUCUGCAGCAUCACAUUCUCACCGAUCACCAACAAUCCAUUCGAGCGCUUUGCACUCAUGUAGAUCAUCCUGGAUUUCUGGCUUCGUCCGGUAGAGACGGCAAUAUCGUCAUUUACGACGAAAGAAGUUACAAAGCUGCCAAUGUGAUUGUCAGCGCCCACACAGUGCCUAGCAGAACCAGAGGACCAGCAACUGUGAAGGCAAACAACAAGAGUGUCACCGCUCUUGCGCUUUACGAUUCCAACACUUUGAUUUCUGGUGGUUACACUGAUGGGACUGUCAAAGUUUGGGAUCUGAGAAGGACCUACUUAAAGAGUGCUUUAAAACAGCCUGCCCCUCUGCAUGUUUUUGACGUCGGGGCCACUGUGACGAGCCUCAACAUCAAGCACAACCUACUUUACGCGAGCUGCACUAAUCACUCAAUUUUUUGUUUCAACGCAGGAACAUUCAAUAAGACUCCAAUUUGCAAAUUUGUUGGGCAUGAUACGAAUUCGGCCUACAGUUCGUACAUGCACGCUAGUUUAAGUGACUGUGGUGACUAUUUGGCGUCGGGAUCGUUUGACGGAAGCAUUUACUUGUGGUCAACAAAAUUGGGUAGGAGCAGAACUGACAGUGACGAGAAGUAUCCAAUUGCGCAUCCGUUGGCCAGACUUGUUGGUCACGAAAAGGAGGUCACUUGCGUCCAGUGGGGAUUUGUUGACAACCAGCCAAUGCUGCUCAGUUUGAGUGACGACAAUACUCAUCGGGUGUGGCGACCGUCGCAUGAGUUCGACAAGGCAGAUGUUGAAAAUCCGAUCGAAGGAAGAACUGAAAUUUUGCAUCCUUUGUUCUUUUCAAAAAGUGCCUCGUCUCAGUUUAGAAAUUGCGGACCUUUGCAAAUGAUGCCAAACAAAUUGCUGAAACCUUUCCCGUCGUAUGUGCACCAUCCCGAGUCAGUGGUUCACCAUUGUUCCCCCAGACUGCCAAAGAGUCACACUAAUUGGUUGACAGCACUCAGUCCCCAAAAUGCACCAGUUAUUAGUCCGUUGAGCAAGCCAAAAGCUCGAAUCAAACGGUCUGGACGCAGCGACAAAAAGUCCUCCAAGAAACUCAAACUCUCGAGUCCGAUAAAAACCUACAUCAAAAUUCAGCCAAGAAAGUAGGAAAACGUUGCUGACUGACUGAAAUAGCAAAGCCCUGCGUGAUCAUUCUUCAACUCACAUACAAUGGUGAACUUUUAAUGAAGGCGUCCAACUUGGCAGAAAACAGGUCGCUUUUAAUCGGCUGCUUCAGAUCUAUUGUAGGGUUCUUCACCA